AUGUCUCGCAAUCUCAACCGCAAAUUUGCCCCUCCGGUCAAGGUAAAGACCGCCAACCGCCGCCGCCGUGUUUCCGACACUCCUUCCUCCUCUUCAUUGGAUCUCUCAGACGAUGGCGGAUACUCAGCUGUCGAAGACAUUAGUGACUCGUCUGACGACGAUGAGGAAGAUGUUGCUGCGGCCGAGGAGGAGAAUAUCCUAGAGGAAGCUCUUCCUCCUACCCCACAGCCAGCUCCUCGGCCGCAACCGACAAUUGAGGAGGAUGACGACGAUGAGGAUGAGGAAAACGAUGAGGACGAUGAACAAGAAGGCUUGGAUAUUGAAGACGAUGACACCGCUAGCUGGGGAGGCAUCGUCUCGGAUAUUGAAGAUCAACCAGACAUCUAUCAAGAUGCAAAUAUCUUCGGCUCAGAGAAUCUUGAACGCCACGUUCACUUCGAUGUGCCUUCCAGCGACUCCGAUUCCACCGACACUGAGGACGAGACUAUGGGACUUUUCCCCGAUAUCUUUGUCUCUCAAAAUACACUUGACCCCAGUUUCCGCCGAGAGAUUGAGAACGAUCCCGAUGAUUCGUCUGGUUCAGGAUCGUUCUGGGAUUUCAACAAUCAAUAUGGCGAGCAAGAUCAGGAUUCUGAUGGCGACGCCGACGCCGAAGUCGAUGCUGACACUGAAGAAAUAUUCCGAAAGUUCCAGUUCCCUGACCCCUUUUCCACAUCACUCGCUUCCCAGCCAGGCACUGCUGCUGGUAGUCCUCUGCCCGAGUUUGAGGAGCCAACGGAGCUGGACGGUUACGAGACCGAUGGUGAUACCACCGAAGAGGACGAAUACGAGCUUCCAGUACGCAAGAAGACUAGGCGUCCUUCCCAUCCCAUGAGCGACGCCUCCGACUCGGAUGCCGAUAGUCCAGUCAAAGCCGAGCGCGGUCAGCCUCGUGUGGGACGCUACAAUCUGGACCGCUCCGACAAGAAGCCAAUUGCUGUUCUCAAUCCUGUUACUGGAAAGAUGAUGAUCUUUACCCCUCAUCGCCAACAUCAACUCGACCUCUCACCUGAACAAUUCAACUUUCCCUGGACUACGGAGGGCCCUGAUUCGCCCAUCUUGAGCAACUCGGCCAAUCUCAUGCUUAGCGCUAUGUUUUCUUCCGGCACCUUUGGGGAUUUCUUCAACUCCAACCAAAUCAUGGGCCCCGCUGAGGCCUUCUUUCCAUUCCAAUCUGAAGCCAACACCGCCGACGAAAGCUCGACCGCGCCUAGCUUGCAAGGCGAGGACGACGAAGACGCUGAACAGAACUUGAACCUUGCUGACUUCAUCGAAUGGGAGGAGAAUGACUCCUCGGGCGAUGAAGAUGGUGGCAACAACUGGGAUCCUGCAUCAACCCCUGCGCGACCCAGCACAGCUGGAAGUGAGAAGGAAGUCCUUGGUCACCUUAACUCGGAGACCGUCGGAGCCUUCCGCCGCAACCAGAUUAACCAGCAGCUCAUCCUGAGUAACCAAGCCACACAAGACUCACUCGCAUUCAGUGGUCCCUUGAACAACACUGCACUCCGAGGUCUCAAGUCAGAUCGGUUCGGAACUGCUGCUAUUCCCCUAACACCCGCUCGUCGCCAUAAGAGGCAGAUGAGCGAUAUGACUCGCAGCCCUCUUGAGUCUAUGUCUGUGAAACGUAAGGCAUCUACUGAAGCUGGCGACAGCCAGAGUCACAAGAGGCACAGAAGUAUCUCUGAUGUGAACUAUCUUCACAUCUAA